AUGGGCUUUCAAGUGGCAUCCAGCCUUUUCACCGAAAACCUCUUGGUUGAGCUGCGAUUCUUUGUCAAAAAGAAAAUGGGCUAUCAAGGAGGAGCGCUUGUGGUUGCUGAAGUACCGGGCGAGUGGGCCCACGAGCCAUCCAUCUUCGCAGAAUCUUCACACAGCUAUCCAGAGCUCUUCCUGGUGCUCACCAGGGUUUUC